AUGAAAACUUCUCAAAAUGGGGGAGCUUUCCAUGCUUCUCACAUUCGUAAACGAUCUUCAAGAGGAUUUGGAUCUGGUUUGCAUACACCGGCAAACGGAAGUGGAACAUCUACACCGAUCAGAGGUGUAUCUUCUGCUUAUCUAGGUCAAAAAUUACAAAGCUUGGCUGAUUCGUUAGAAGAACGAUUGGAAGAUCAAAGCAAGAAACCCGGUUGGACGGGUAAUUGGGCACGUCAAUUGAUCGAACGUGGAUUGUGGGUAGAAGAACAUUUGGAACAAGAAUGGGAAUUACGUAAAGAUGCGAUCGGAGGAAUUGAUAAUAUGUGGAUUUUAUUAUCAAGUGUUUCUGCAUUCAAUCCUGUUUGUGCGGCAAGUUUUACUCUUAAAGGAAAGAUUGAAAUGAGCACACUCGAGGAAAAUGCAAAACGUCAAGUUGAAAUUUUUCCUAAAUAUCGUCAAAUUUUGACAAAUACAGGUCGCAAAUUUCACGGAAGUACGUUCAUUGAUGAUCCAAAUUGGGACGUCAAGCGUCAUUUGAGCACACACAGUUUACCAGAGCCUGCUGGACGAGAAGAAUUGGACGCAUUUACCGCAGAAUUCAUUGCUCGUGAUUGGGAUUUCAACAAGCCCUUGUGGGAAAUGGCAGUCAUUGACAAUUUCAAAGAGGCAGGAAACGAAGAAGGAAGUGCGUUGAUCACCCGUGGUCAUCAUAGCAUGGCUGACGGUCAAGGCUUUGUGAUGUCGCAACUUUACAUUUCAAGCUUUGGUCCUGAGCUUGAGCGUAUGUUGACAGAAGGCAAGGCGACCAUUCGUGCUGCCAGACGAGGAAAAGCACGCCCAUCCAAAUUACACAAAUCUCUCAAACCUCUUGAUCGUUAUAGACAUAUGAUCGUCUUGCAAUUGAUCAUGUUUAGUCUGUUUUGGACGAUUUGGUUGAUGGGUAACUUGAUGGAUGCAUUCAAUGCAAUCAUUCAGCUCUUUACCUUUUCGACUCAAUACCUUCUUUAUGGCUGGAGACCGUUGACGUUGACAAGUGAAUAUGCAGGCGCUCGUGUGGACAAGCGUGAAUUUGCAACGAGUGAUCGUAUGCCUAUGAGCGAUGUUCGUAAGAUGCAAAAAGCAUUCAGUGGACCAGUUCCGGGCGGAUGGUUUGAUCGUGCAUUGGGCAGAAAAGAAAGAAGUUGGUUCGGACAUUUGACAUUGAACGAUAUCUUGUGUACGAUCAUUGCAGAUGUGCUUUCGGAUGAACGUGAUCAUCAAGAAUUAGUACCUGCACCAACGAUGCGCGUGAGGUUCACAAGACUUGCAAACAAGAUCUUACCGCAACGAUUAGCACUCAUGAUCCCGAUCAGUAUUCGUCCGGUAGCAAAUUGGGAUAUGCGUAAUUGGUCAACGGGUAGUUUGGUAUUUUUGCCUUUACCCGAUUCCGGUUCAUCAAAACAACAUGGUUUACCUUUAGGUGCAAAACCCAUGCAUGCACGUUUACACGAUGUUGCCCGACGAUUAAGCGUUUUAAAAUCAGGUUUAUUACCAACGAUUUUCUUUUGGGCCGUUCAAAUUACCGGGCAAGCACCACUUUUGUUCCCGAGUAUGUUAUGGGUACCUUUUCGUCCUGUGGUAAAGUUUGGUACAGAUUUAUUGUUGGAAGCAUUUUCGGCAGUUGUUACAAAUGUGCCCGGACCACAAAGUAAAGAUGGCAUUCAAUUUGCCGAUCGUCAAGUUACUCGUUGGGCUUGUGCUCCUCCUCAAGCUGGAAAAGGUACUUUAGGAAUCGGAAUUAUCACCUAUGCAGAUGGAAUUUGUAUCACAAUCGCUGCUGAUAACGUCAAGGGUGCACCUUCUGAUGGUGUUACCCGCAGAGUUGCGCAAAAGUUUGCAACCCGUUGGGCACAAUAUUGUCAAGUGGCAGACGAUAUCCUUGAAAGAUCUUCAUCUAAUAAACAAAACCGAAAGAAGGCAUGA